AUGGCUCAUCCCCCAAUCCUCCCACCAUACCAUCCCCCCCCCUCCCCUUUGUCAAAAAGCACCAUGGCGGAUCCUAGUGUCGUGAAAGAGGCGGUUCUACUGUUGGACGAGCUCACCGGCGAAAAGGUCUCCAAGACAGAAUUGAAGCGACGCCAGAAGCUCCGCGCAAAAGAGGCCGAGAAACAAAAGAAGGCCGCAGCCGCUCCCCCCAAGACCCAGCAGAAAACAUCGGCCGAGGACGAUGAAGCCAACCUCAGCCCCCACCAGUACUUUGAGAUUCGGAGCAAUCGGAUUAACAAACUCCGCGAGACCAAGAACCCAGACCCCUACCCGCACAAGUUCGAAGUCACGAAUGACCUCCGGGAGUUUUUGACAGAGUACAAGGUUCUGGAUAAGGGCGAGGAGAGGACCGAUGUGCCCAUUCGGAUUGCGGGACGGAUCUACACCAAGCGUGUCGCUGGCAACAAGCUGGUCUUCUACGAUAUUCGCGCCGAGGGGGUCAAGGUCCAGGUGAUGUGCCAGGCUCAGAACUCGACGGUCCCCUUCGAGAAACAGCAUGAGCUCUUGCGGAGAGGUGAUAUCGUGGGAAUUGUUGGCUUCCCCGGGCGAACCUCGCCGAAGAACCGCGACGAUGGCGAGCUGUCAAUUUUCGCAACGCAGGUGGUCCUCCUCACACCCUGUCUGCACGCUUUACCGUCAGAGCACUACGGCUUCCAAGAUAAGGAACAGCGAUUCCGACAACGCUACCUGGACCUCAUCAUCAACGACCGCUCCCGCGAGAUCUUCCGUACCCGAGCCAAGAUCGUCUCGUACAUGCGAAAGUACUUCGACAGUCGUGAUUUCACCGAGGUUGAAACUCCGAUGAUGAACACCAUCGCCGGAGGGGCUACGGCUAGUCCCUUCAUUACCCACCACAAUGAUCUCAAUAGAGACCUUUUUAUGCGUGUCGCGCCUGAGCUCUACCUUAAGAUGCUGAUAGUGGGUGGUCUCGAACGCGUCUACGAGAUUGGCAAGCAGUUCCGCAACGAAGGUAUUGAUCUGACCCAUAGUCCGGAGUUCACGACCUGCGAGUUUUACCAAGCCUACGCGGACUACAAUGACCUAAUGGUCAUGACCGAGGAUCUGAUCUCCGACUGGGGAGGUUUACACUAUCAAUUGGCAGGGCCCCUGGAAGCGAGUCGACAUGAUUCCUGCAUUGGAAGAGGCUUGCGGCGAGAAGUUCCCCCCGGAGACCAACUUCAUACCCCGGAAUCUGGCACUUUCCUCAAGGAUAUACUCAAGAAAAUGGGGGUGGAAUGCUCGCCGCCUUUGACCAAUGCCCGCAUGCUGGACAAGCUGGUUGGCGAGUUCGUUGAGGACAAGUGCAUCAAUCCUACGUUUGUGACUGGUCAUCCCCAAAUGAUGUCUCCUCUGGCCAAGGGCCACCGUGAUACCCCUGGUAUCUGUGAGCGCUUCGAAGUCUUCGUUACCACCAAGGAAUUGUUGAACGCGUAUACAGAGUUGAACGAUCCUUUCGACCAACGGAUGCGAUUUGAGGAACAGGCGAACCAGAAGGCUCAGGGCGAUGACGAGGCUCAGAUGGUCGAUGAGAAUUUCUGUCAGGCUCUUGAAUAUGGCUUGCCGCCUACCGGUGGCUGGGGCAUGGGUAUCGACCGUCUGACAAUGUUCUUGACCGACAACUAUAGUAUCAAGGAGGUUCUGACGUUCCCCAUGAUGAAAGACGACAAGCCCGACGGGGAGAAGGAGGCGACGGAGAAGAACGACGCGGUAGAGAAUGGAAUAGUAGAGCCCUAG